UGUUAGCAUAACCUAUACCUUAUUAUCGUAACUAGUAUUAACGUAUGAGUUUCAAGUUAUAUUUCAAAUACUUUAUUAGAAAAUAGCGACGAAAAUAAGAUAUUUAGCACUUCCUGUCUGAAACAUUACAAAGAUAUUAUCCUAGUAGCCCUCCUCUGAACCCCCUUCCAACAAUUCUAUGUCCUUUAUAAGGAAGUUACUUUUGUCAGAAGGAGAUGAUGGGACAGGAGGAACUAAUUUAAGUGAGAGCUUUUCACUACAAGAAAAGAAUUCUCAAGGAACGGAUGAGCAGAAACCUGAAAGAAAAGUUUUAACCAUGCCUCAGUUAGUGAUCAAUAGCAGUGAGUGUAUGGUGUAUCUGGGACCUGAGAAGGGCUCUCGGCCACGUUCCAAGAUAUCAGAUGAAGAAAUUGCUACUAUGACUGUAAACUGUACAGCGUGUGGUAACCAAGUGAAUCAUCUCGACCCUGCAGAAGUUAAGAGACAUAUUAAACUUGGAGUGUUAUUAUGUAGAAAAUGCUUCAAGUACUAUGGAUCUGGUACGUUUCAAAAGGAUGAAAAUGGAGUGGAUGAAUAUUGUCGGUGGUGUGCCGAAGGAGGUAAUCUCAUAAUUUGUGACUUCUGUGAAAAUGCCUUCUGUAAGGAGUGCAUUCGGAGAAAUUUUGGAAGAAGAGAACUUACAAAAGCAACAGAAGCAACAAGGUGGCAGUGUUAUGUGUGUAAUUCUGAACCCUUGUUUGGUUUGGUGUCAUUCUGUAUGAUGGUUCAGGAGUUUGCUCAACAACAUGCAAAUGAUUUAAAAGAUAAAGUUUCGAAGAAAUCAAGUGUUCGAAGUAAAGAUGUUUUCAGAGAAAUAGAGCUGUUUUCUAAGAAACUAUUGAGCGAGCAGACCUCGUCAACAAACUCGGAGUCGUGGCUGGAGGAGGACUUCACUCAAGGACUUGUUGCUCUUAACAUGACCAUGGAAAAUAUCCUGAAAGUGCGUGAAAAGUACAGGCGAAAAGCAACACAGCCUCACUCUCUUCAGUCUGGUGUGAGGCGCUUUAUAAAUGUUUUCAAAACUCAUGUCCAGAAUGUUGGAGUUGUGAUAAAAAGCAUUGAAUCUCAUUACAAAGCCUACCAAAACAACCAGUUGCAGCUAACUGAGAAAACUAAAACACAUCUGAUUAAUGGAGACAUUACUCGAAGUGGUAAAUCAAGUGUGAAUACUUUUGAGCAGGAAGAGGAGACAUUUAAUGAUAUAGAAAUAAUAGAAUGUACGCCUGAUGAAGAUAAUCUAUCAUUAGAAAGUCAUCCAAAAGAUAAAAAAAGAGAUGUAAAAGAUAAUUUGACUUCUGAGACUGGGGUAAACAGUCCAGCCAAAACUGACUCUUUUGAUUUGGGAGAAAAUAGGUUAAAAGAAGAAUUUCAGAUUUUAAAUGAUGGCUCUCAAGUUGAUGUUGAAGAUGAUGUUCUACCAGCAAAUAAAAGUGAUGAAGUUAUUCAGAAUUCAGAUGACACUCCUACUGGUUCAGAAUUUCUCAGUGGUAUGAAGAGUAGAAAAAAUUGUGGGGAUUCUUACAAGUCUGAUGAGGAAUGCAGUGGAGAAAAAACGUAUGCUGUGGAAGUGGAAGAAAACACUAUCAAUGAUGUAACUUUGGAUGGAGAUGAUUCUGAAGAAGAUGCUGAUGAAAGAUCCAGUGAAGAAAAAAGGUCCACCGUGGAAGUGGAAGAAAUAACUUCACCCGACGAAAAAGGAAACAGUACCACUGAUGCAACCUUGGAUCAAGAUGAUGUUGCUAAAGAAGAUACUGGUGAGAUACACAGUGGAGAAAAAACGUGUAAUGUGGAAGUGGAAGAAAACACUACACUUGAUAUGAAAGGAAACACUACCGUUGAUGUAAACUUGGAUCAAGAUGAUGUUGCUGAAGAAGAUGUUGGUGAGAGACGCAGUGGAGAAAAAACAUGUGAUGUGGAAAUGGAAGAAAAAAAUCCAUCUGAUGUUAAAGGAAACACUACCAUUGAUGUAAUCUUGGAUCAAGAAGGUUCUAAAGAAGAUGAGAGACACAGUGGAGAAAAAACAUGUGAUGUAGAAAUGGAAGAAAAAAGUAUAUGUGAGAAAGGAAACCUGGAUGAAGAUAAUGUUCCUGAAGAAGAUGCUGUUGGCCAAAAUGACUCAACUCUGUUGUUUGAUAAGGAUGACGUAUUUGAUGAAUGCAACCAAACUUUAUUAGAAGAAACAGAUUUGGAAGAACAGAUUUGUGAUACAGUUACCGAGGGUAAGGGCAAUAUUUGUGAUGACUCAAAGGAUCAAGAAAGUGAUUUAAGUGAGGUUUCAGAAGAAAAUACCAUGCUAAUGAGAGAUUCUUUAAAGAGUAAAUGGACUUCUAAAAACUUUGUGACCGUUAAAGUUGGAGACAAAAACAAUGAUUAUCUAGAUCUUGACGAAUCAUCUAUCAGAACUGAAAGCACAGAAGAAGGAACAAUUAAAGAACAACAAGAGUGUACAGCAUCUUCUGAAGAACCAUCAAGUAAGGAUGAAAAUGAUGCAACAAAAAAUGAGGAUGAUGUAGAUAAAGCUAUUUUAUCAGCAGUAAUGCAACUUAAACAUAAAAUUAUGAAUUCUUCUCUGGAUACAGAAAAAACAGAUAAAACUACUAAGAAUGAAGAAGUAUUUUCAGAUUCUCUAAAUUCAAAGCAUGAAAACACUGAGUCUUCUGAGAAUGACAAAGUUUCAGGAGCGGAAUCUGUGACUGAAAAACCAUUUAACCAUGAUAAGCAUGAUGAAGAAGUAGAAAAUGUAGAAGAUACAGGCUUGGAUAAUGUUCAUGAGGAUGAGAAUAGUACAAGCCUUCUUGUUGAUGAAAUUCAAGAGAAAACAAAUGAAAGUUCACAAGUAAAAGAAGGAACAGAACUUAAAAAUGAAGAGGAUUUAUCAGAUAAUGAGAAAGCAAGACGGUCACUGCUAUUGGAUUUAGGGAUGGAGUCUCUGAGUGAUGAGUCCGACAAAGAAGUCUCCGAUGAUUUAGAUGAACCAAGACAUGUAGUUAAGCGUCGUAGAAAGUCAAAAACAAAAUCAAGAAGAAAAAGCUCUGAUGUCAAGAAACUGACAGAGAAUCAUAAAGGGGGGGAAAAAAGUACAGAACUUGAAUUUUCAGAUAGUAGUGAGGAUUCUGAAGAAGAUAAUGAACAAAAACAGACUUCAAUCAGUAAGAAUAACAACCCAGUUGAAGAAGUAGACAUUGAUAAAUUGAAGGAUCAGCUUGGUUUAGAUAAUAAGUUAUGUUUUAAUCCUCAGGUUCUUGUACAGAAACUUCCAGAUGAUGUUACCUUUGCUGACGAUUCAGAUAAAAAUAGCAAAUCUACUAGUACUAAGCGAAACCAACAUUCAUCGGAAUCUUCAGUGGAUGAGUUAGAAAAAGAUGUACAGCGUCUCUCCAAUCUCAGUGCUCUCCAGAAAAAGAAUAAAAAGCUGAAAACGGAUGAAAAUGAUGUGGAGAGAGAUUCGGAAGGAGGAUCCCUUGAUACCUCCCGAAGAAAAAUCAAAGUGAAACCCAAGAAAGAUAAGAUACUUAGUGGUUCUGAGAGCCUGACAGAAGGUUCUGACAUUGAAAAAGAAACAGAAAACACGCACUCUUGUUUUUUAAAGGAUUUUCAG